CUUUUGUAUAUACAAUUACUAGCAUGUUAUAUUCAAAAUUGUCCAAUUGCUUUCCAACUGUUGGAAUAAAUGGACAGGUUUUAGUGUCCUGAAAGUUAAACUCUGUCCUGUUGUUUUAUCUUUUAGGUAAUGGACAAUCGGGGGAAAGAAAAAAGAACUAGAAAGAGGAAAGUCUUCUGUGACUUUGUUAAUGAUUUUGACCUUGACAAUGACAGUGACGUGACUGACAUUGAGUCAACACAGCUCAGUCAAAGUCUCCUGGCAGUCAAAAAACGAAAAGUAGAACCUAAUCCAAAUAAAAAUAAGCAAACUGAUAAAAGGACUGUGUCCUACCCAGUUCCUCCACCAAAAUAUAACAAUCCAAAACCCAAGCCAGUUGAAGGUCAACACAAAACUAAUGAAGAUAAAGCACAUUCUUCAAGCAAUAAAAAAAAAGAUCAAGUUUUGUGUCCAACACACUUGGAUGAGACGUGCCCGACCCCUGACUUUGUGUACCCUACAUUAAGUUUAUUGUCUCAAGUCCCAAAUUCUGGAUUGAUGCCCCAGCAUCUUAGGAUGCCCCAGCACCCUAGGACGCCCCAGCAUCUUAGCACGCCCCAGCACCCUAGGACGCCCCAGCACCUUAGCACGCCCCAGCACCCUAGGACGGCCCAGCACCCUAGGACGCCCCAGCACCUUAGCACGCCCCAGCACCCUAGGACGCCCCAGCACCGUAGGACGGCCAAGCACCUUAGCACGCCCCAGCACCCUAGGACGCCCCAGCACCGUGGGGCGGCCAAGCACCUUAGCACACCCCAGCACCCUAGGAUGGCCCUGUACCUUAGCACGCCCCAGCACCCUAGGACGCCCCAGCACCCACCCUAG